GGAGGAGGGAGGUGCUGACCCGGAUGUUCACUCCUGGGCACCCGGGGAAGUGGAAGCGCCGGGUCCUGCUGCGGGGGGGAGAGCCACAGACGCCGGGACCGGGACCGCCGCCGCCGCCGCCACAAUGAGUGAUCAGCAGCUGGACUGUGCCUUGGACUUGAUGAGGCGCCUGCCUCCACAGCAAAUCGAGAAAAACCUCAGCGACCUGAUAGACCUGGUCCCCAGUCUAUGUGAAGAUCUCCUGUCUUCUGUUGACCAGCCACUGAAAAUCGCCAGAGACAAGGUGGUGGGAAAGGAUUACCUUUUGUGUGACUACAACAGAGAUGGGGACUCCUAUAGGUCACCGUGGAGUAACAAGUAUGACCCUCCUUUGGAAGACGGGGCCAUGCCUUCUGCUCGGCUGAGGAAGCUGGAGGUGGAAGCCAACAAUGCCUUUGACCAGUACCGAGACCUGUAUUUUGAAGGCGGCGUCUCAUCUGUCUACCUCUGGGAUCUGGAUCAUGGUUUUGCUGGAGUGAUCCUCAUAAAGAAGGCUGGAGAUGGAUCAAAGAAGAUCAAAGGCUGCUGGGACUCCAUCCACGUGGUGGAAGUGCAGGAGAAGUCCAGCGGUCGCACCGCCCAUUACAAGCUGACCUCCACGGUGAUGCUGUGGCUGCAGACCAACAAAUCCGGCUCUGGCACCAUGAACCUCGGCGGCAGCCUUACUAGACAGAUGGAGAAGGAUGAAACCGUGAGCGACUGCUCCCCGCACAUAGCCAACAUCGGGCGCCUGGUCGAGGACAUGGAAAAUAAAAUCAGGAGUACGCUGAAUGAGAUCUACUUUGGAAAGACAAAGGACAUCGUUAAUGGGCUAAGGUCUGUGCAGACUUUUGCAGACAAAUCAAAACAAGAAGCUCUUAAGAACGACCUGGUGGAGGCUUUGAAGAGAAAGCAGCAGUGUUAAGCCUCUUCUUCCCACUAACCGGACACGCCGCCUGCGCUCAUUAGAUUCCUUUCUUAGAAACUCGUUUUCUGCUCCCUCCCUCGUCCCUUCCCUCCGCCCCCCAGGUCACACAACUUGCAUCACCACUGCACAGCGCCAUCUCUCCCUGAGAAUAAACCCUAUAAACACCCUUCUUGUCUCUGAGGCCUACUUCCCACCAUAUUUUGCUAUCAAAACUUGGUAUUUCCAUAGAAACCAUGUUUUCUGUUUGCCCCGGCCCCCCGUCUCUCCGCCACCACCCAUUUAUAGGCAUAAAAUACACUGUCUGCCUCCCUUCCCUCCCACCCUUUUGUUACAUUGGUGUAAAAAAUGUAAAACAAAAAAAUUUUAUGAAAUAACUGUGGUGUGUGAAAGAUAGAAGAAAAACUGGAAAUCUGAUUCCA